GCGCUGAAGACUCGCCUGUGAGCUCUACUCCAAAAGCUUGUGCUGGUUGGUGUAUUGUCAAUUGCGACCAAAUUGUUUGUGUUCUUCAAACCCCAGAUCUUAAUUUUUUCUGGGUUUGACUUAUUUCCCAGAAACUUUCAUUUUUGCACCUUUAGGAGGAAAAGGAAAUGGCUACCCCAACGAGAAUUGGGCUUGCUGGCCUUGCUGUGAUGGGGCAAAAUCUUGCCCUCAACAUAGCUGAUAAAGGAUUUCCUAUAUCUAUUUACAAUCGAACCACUUCAAAAGUUGAUGAGACAAUUGAACGAGCCAAACUGGAAGGAAACCUUCCUGUGUAUGGUUUCCAUGAUCCCGAGUCCUUUGUAAAUUCAAUCCAGAAACCUCGUGUGAUAAUUAUGCUUGUUAAGGCGGGUGCACCUGUCGAUCAGACCAUCAAAACCCUUUCUGUUUACCUGGAGAAAGGUGAUUGUAUUAUUGACGGUGGUAAUGAGUGGUAUGAGAAUACUGAGAGGAGACAGAAAGCCAUGGCUGAGUUGGGUCUGCUUUAUCUUGGAAUGGGGGUUUCAGGUGGUGAAGAGGGUGCUCGGCAUGGACCUUCUUUGAUGCCUGGAGGUUCCUUUGAAGCAUUCAAAUACAUAGAAGAUAUCCUUCUUAAGGUUGCUGCUCAAGUUCCUGACAGUGGCCCUUGUGUUACAUAUGUUGGGAAAGGAGGUUCCGGAAAUUUUGUUAAGAUGGUUCACAAUGGGAUUGAAUAUGGUGAUAUGCAACUGAUUGCAGAGGCUUAUGAUGUACUGAAAUCAGUUGGGGGCCUCUCUAAUGAGGAAUUGCACCAGGUGUUCUCGGAAUGGAACAAGGGGGAGCUUCUGAGCUUCUUGAUUGAGAUCACUGCAGAUAUUUUUGGAAUUAAGGACGAUAAGGGGGAUGGGUAUUUGGUAGAUAAGGUUUUGGACAAAACUGGCAUGAAGGGUACUGGUAAAUGGACGGUUCAGCAGGCUGCUGAUCUAUCUAUAGCAGCUCCAACCAUUGCUUCAUCUUUGGAUUCAAGAUUCCUCAGUGGAUUGAAGGAGGAAAGAGUUAAAGCUGCCAAGGUCUUCAAAUCAAGUGGAGUUGGUGACAUCCUCACUGACCAGGUUGUCAAUAAGGAGAAGUUGAUCGAUGAUGUCAGGAAAGCACUUUAUGCAUCCAAAAUAUGUAGUUAUGCCCAGGGAAUGAAUUUAAUCCGCGCAAAGAGCAUUGAAAAGGGAUGGGAAUUGCAACUUGGGGAGCUUGCUCGGAUUUGGAAAGGUGGUUGCAUUAUUCGCGCUAUAUUUUUGGACCGUAUCAAGAAGGCCUAUGAUAGGAACCCAGAUCUUGCAAACCUUCUUGUGGAUCCAGAGUUUGCAAAGGAGAUGAUUGAGCGACAAUCUGCUUGGCGAAGAGUUGUCUGCCUUGCUAUCAACUCGGGCAUUAGCACUCCAGGUAUGUCUUCUAGUCUUGCUUAUUUUGACACAUACAGGAGGGAAAGCCUACCUGCUAAUUUGGUUCAAGCUCAAAGGGACUAUUUUGGUGCUCAUACUUAUGAGAGGAUUGAUAUACCGGGGUCCUUCCACACUGAAUGGUUCAAGAUUGCUAAACAGUCAAAAAUUUGAUCUUGUUCUCCUGCUGUACCAUUGUUGCCAUACCUAAUAAUGUUCCUUUUAUGUGGGAACAUAUGUAGUUGACUCUGCUAUCUUCCAGUGACGUCAUUUCUCUGGAAUUAUGUUUUUUAGCUCUAUUGAAAAGUGUCUGGAUUCCAUGUUACUUUUGCUGCUUGUGGAAGUGUAAUAGUAGAUCUUGCGGGCUUUUCGUCUUAUAUUAAAAGCAUCUGAUCAUUUAGUCAGAUGAGUCAUCCUAUAUAAUAAGAGUAUGUACGUUUCCAUUGAUCUCAUGGGAGCUUAAUAUUAUACCUUUCGAAAUAUGAAUCUUGAAAUUUCCUUUAUCCUUGUUUUUGUACUGAAUUCUUCUCAAUGCUUCCUCCAUUC